CCCAACAAUAUCUAUCCUUUUACGGUGACGGUUUUUCUGUUUCAUUUUAUUACUAGCACAUUUUAUUUCUGUUCGCCACAUUUUAUCUUAAUCAUUCCUAAUCAUCCGAGCAUCAUGUCAGCGCAGCCUGUAGGACCAGCUGGAGAGCCGUUACCUUCGCCCGAAACGGAUGCGAUUGCCCACUAUGAAUACUGGAAGGGACGAACCCGCGAAUCAGUUCAGUUUGCCAUGGCAGAGCCUCUACAGCCAAACGAAACCAUCCGAAGCCGUCGACAAUUGGCGAUGCAUACGGCAGCCCACGCGUGCAUUCUUGAGGCUGACAUUACGGGAUAUUAUGUGGACAUGUCAUCUAUCAAGAAAUUCGUUGUGGAAAUGCAUGAUGAUUUCACGGAAGAACGAGUGGAUUUCUUCCUUGGCGACGCUAUAAAUGCUGGAAUCUUGCUCAAGAAGAUGAGCCGCGAUGGACGUUUCGUGCUCGAAGUGGCCGAGGAAGUGAAAAAUAACCGCGAUCCAGAGACGAAGGUAAUCGACACAACUAGCAAGUUUCGUCGGAUGAUUCGCGUGAUCCUCUACCACGGCCGAUAUGCCAUGUCACGCACCGAAAUCCAACACUGGAUCUGUACGUUCGACGUACAGCUGCAGGACGUGGACUAUUGGCUGGAGCGCGGGCUGCGCCAACUGGUUAACCAGAAACAUGUCGUCGUUGUCUACGGAAAUCUUUUCGUGAACAGUUGCAUCGACCUGUGGCUACGAAGCAUUCGCGGCUGCUGUCUCUGCACCACUCUGGCCCAGACCAUCAAUAUCAAAAUGGGUACUAUGAAGGUGACAGUCAACGGAAGAGACACAGAACAACACUUUGCCGAUUGCAGCUUCGGUUACGUGGGACAAGACGGGGAUUUGGUUGUCGAUGGCGUCAUGGAGCGGCUGGACGCAAUCGAGCCCGAGAAGAACAACACCACCAACGUAAAUCUGGUAAUCCGGGCAAGCAAGGACGGGCGUAUUGAGAGAGAACCAAUUAUCACGCUCACUCAGCUGAAAGCUAUGGGCGGCCGUCCCAAAUAUGUUCCCCGAUCAAAGAAUACAGACACCGAAAAGAAAAGCCAGAAGAUGAAGGAGAAAGCUGAACGACCUGGCGCUGAGGUGAGCGCUGCUGAACCGGAUGCCAUCGAUAAAUUACUGCAGCAGGUUGAGCGCGAAAAAGACAUUAUGGAGAACUGCAAAGCGCUGGUAAACACGCUGAAAGCUCGAGCGACCAUGGAUGCAAAACAUAUCGCGUAUAUCCGUGAGGCUCUAGAACAGCGUCUUGCCAACUUGAAAACUGCGGAGGAGAACUUGGAUCUGGAUUAAACAGCGGUUGUAACAUAUCUGAUAAUUUGUUCUAAAAUUCGGCCGACUGU